GUGGGUUAAAGACAGCAACUACAUGAAAAUGAAAGUACUGUAGUGUUAGCACAAGUGUCAAGAGAUUUUAUAACAAAUAAAGAUUGCUCGGGCUUCUCAACGUUUUAUGUGAGUACACCACAUUAUGGAGGCAGUCUUGAGCAGGCUGCAGACCCUCACCCCCGAUGAGCUACGGGAGGAGAUCUUACGGGCCGGAUUGAACUGUGGGCCCAUAACAGCAAGCACUAGGAGCGUCUUUGAAAAGAAACUAGCCCGGACCCUUGUGGGGGACCAGACAGGAGGCUGCAGUAGAUCGGAGGUGGACAGUGGCAGUACAGAUGGAGCUCCAGCAGACAACUCUGAGGUGAUCAAGUCGGACAAAGAGAACGCAAGUCCCUCAGUACAGAAUUCGGAGGAUACAAGCCAACUUGCUUUACCCGAUUCUCCAUCCGUAUUUUACGGAGUUUUUUCACCUUUAGAUCAUCCAUCGUGUAAUGAUGGGUCCCUGCAUGUUUAUGCUGAUCAGCAGAAAGCAGUGAAGGCAGCGAUGAAGAUGAAAGGAGCGAGAUUCAAGGCUUUCCUCAGUCGAGAUGAAGCUGAGAACUUUGCUAAGAGGUUACAUGAUGGCAGCGUGUCACCUAACAAACCAUCAGCAGAUGAACUUCACACGUCGUCUCCAGAUAAAUCAGCAAAUCUGGAAACGGCAAAUAUGGAGAAACCUAAUGAGUUCAACAGUAUUCGCACACAAGAUCUGACUGCCAAACUGAGGAAGGCUGUGGAGAACGGAGACGAAGAGGCCUUUAAAGAGCUUGUGUGGAGUAAUCCAAGAUACCUCAUCGGAUCUGGAGACAACCCAACCAUUGUUCAGGAAGGAUGCAGGUACAAUGUCCUUCAUAUAGCAGCGAAAGAAAACCAAGCAGGGAUGGCCGCCCUCAUAUUGGAAACCUUACAGAGUUUGGAGUUUAUGCGUCUCAUGUAUCCAGAUGAUCAGGAAGACAUACUGUUGUCACGAAUGAGCUACAUUGUUGAUCUGUACCUAAACACACCUGAUAAACUGAACAAUGAGACGCCACUUCACUUUGCCUGCAAGUUUGGUUGUCCAGAGGUUGUGGACGUGCUUUGCUCACAUCCAGCCAUCGAUAAGAACCGCACCAACAAAUAUGGACAGAUUCCAUCUACUAUGAUAUGUGACAGAAAAAACAAAAAUAAGAACACUAAGGAUAAGAUUCAGGAAUAUUUAGAGGAUCGUUUUUUCGUGCCCUUACUGAGAGCCACAGAUAACACACUGAACCCAGUUAUUGGUCUGCCCUGGGCACCUGGCUCCUCUAAAUGUGCCAACCUGUUACUAAGUCCUGGUUCAGCAGAGGAUCCCAAAAACCCACUGAUGACCAUAAGGGCGUUUGUAGGGCCUCUGAAUUCAUUAAAGGCUAAGGAAUUUUACAAGCUGUGGAAAACACCACCUCGUAGUCGAGCCAAAUACUUUCAUCACAUUCUGAAGUCAGAUCCUGAUCGAGGAGCAGAGAGAGUUGGAAGGGAAUUAACACAUGAGAUGGGCUACCACUGGGCAGAAUACUGGGACUUUUUAAACUGCUUUACUGAUCUCUCACUGGAGGACGGCUUGAACAUGUUGGAGGAGUAUCUGAACGAGGUUAUCCAGCAGAAGAAUGCUGCAGGGAAAAGCUGGCCACAUUUAGAAAGUGCUGCUUCAAUCGCGGCACAUAAAAACAGAACUAGAUCUGGAACAUUCCUAGAUGACUGCCUACACAGUCCAUCUGAAGUCCAAAGCGAAGUAAGGAGUAAAGAAAACGGCUCACAAUUCAUCGUCAGUCAGUCUCCUGUAUGUGACCUCAUGAACGAAUUUGAGAGGGUUAGUUUCACACCGGCAGAAAACAUGGCAGACUCUGGGCUAGGUGGCAUGGCUUUAUCUGGUUCUGAAGGAGGCGCUGGAUUUGAUGGAAGAGCCUGGGAAUGCACACAGAACGAGAAGGAUGAGUCCAGCUCAGACGAGUUCUACACAGCAGACGAGGACAGUAAUGACCCCUGGCAGGUAGAUGGACGCAGAGAGCGAUGUAAUACACCACGGGGUUGUGGGUUGAGAGGUCGGACCAGCUCAGUGUCUUCCUGUUCCUCCUACAAGUCCACACACAGCGCACCUGAGGAUACGGAGGAGAUCUGCACAGAUGUUUUUCUAGCAGGUGAUUCCCCCAGUAAGCUGGACAGUGAGGUUUUGUUAGCAGUGAGUGGAAUUGACAUUGACCAGCAGCGCUACCCCAGCAUAACCAAAUGGAGGGACACUGUUUUAUCUUAUCCUGAAUCCCAAAGGAACAGAUGGCCGAACAUUACAGUGAGGAACAGACAUGCUGAGAAUCAGACGUCCACACCCCGGAGACUCACACACAGCUGGUUAACGGGUUCGCCCAGUUUCCUCAACCUGAAGAGGUUCUUUCCUGCAUAGUACAACAGCUUACUCUCAAACCCUGCACACACCUAAACAUUCAGCCUGUUUUGCACGUUCUUAUUAAAGGUUAAGAAAGUAGAAUUUUAAAAGGGAGCAUCUUUGAGAUGUUUGAUGAAACUCAGGCCCCUUCCUUCAGUGUUUCUUCAAAAAUCACCCCCCCAAACAUGCAUUGAUGCAGUUUAACAUGACUGACAGGCAAGUGAAAUGCCUCCUUGUGCUGAAUGGUUACAAUUUGUCUGGUAUCUCUUUUUGUUUACAGAACCUGUAUAUUGUACAGGGUUUAAAAGGUCACCAAAGAUAUACAGUGGAUUCACAAAGUUCUCAGAACCCUUGACCUUUUGCAUACUGUGUGUUGUGGAUUUCAUUCUGAAUAAAUAUAAUUGCCAUUUUUACCUAUCAUAGCAUGAUACUACCACCACCAUGUUUCACAGCAUGGGUGGUAUUAGAGUGUUGAUCUACAGUGCCUGUUUUUUUCACUGACAUAGUGCUUGCUCUUCUGCCCAAUGAUAAUUUUUGUCCUGUCUGACCAAAGAAUCCUUCUCCUCAUGUUAUCAGAUAUGCAGUUUAGCCACUCUACCAUAAAGGCCUGGUUUAUGAAGUAGCACAAAGAUAUUUGUCCAUCCAAAAAGUUCUCCCAUUUUUGCACAGGACUUUCUGAGCUCUAUUCGAGUGACCACUGGGUUAUUUUCCAGCUCUAGGAAUGCUCAUAGUUGUGCCAAUCUUCUUUCCACUUUGAAAUUGUUGCAGCCACUCAAAGCCUUAGAUAUUGUAUGUGACAAACCCUGAUUCAUGCCUCGUCACAGUUUGAUCUCAGAGUUCCACAGAUGCUUUCUUGGACUUCAUGGCUUGGUUUUAACCUGACAAUGCAGUGUAAAUUGUGGGCCCUUCUAGACCCCAGUGUGUGCCUUUCCAGAUGCUGUUCUUCCCUCUAUACACAUCUCAAGAAUAAUGAAAUUAAACAAGAUGCACCCAACCAGCAAACGAAGUCUGAAUACUUUUAAAUAGGAGAAUUUAUAUAUUUUGAAUUAACUUUUGGAAAACUUUAAAAUCUUGCUCUCACUUUAUCAUUCUAGGUAAUUAAGUUAGGGGUAAAAUGGCAGUGGCAACCACAGAAUCCACUGUAUAAUGUUUUUUGAAAUUUAUUUUAAAUAAAACUUCAUUAAUGACGUUUA